AUGGCGCCAAAGCGCAUGCCCAAGGUGACGAGCCUAUCGGCAUCGGCGUCGAAUGGAUCGUCGGCCUCGUCAAGCCGCAGCAGGAGUUCGAACCCAUUCGGUCCAGUAGACCCCAGUACUUAUCACGAUUUCGACGAGUCGAUGCAGGACGGCGUUGAACUCGAAGAAAAGGGAGAACGAUUCCAGUUCGGACCAAAGGCGCAACGCUUUUACGUUCAAGCCGGCACGCUCUACACACGGGCAGCUCAGCUUGCUGGCGCCAAUGUAGAACGACGCGCAGACGCGGUGUACAAUGCGUCACGGAUCCACUUUCUGCUCGCUUCGCAGUUUGCACUGCCACCGGAGAACAUGCAGUCUUUCGUCGAGGCGGUCGAAAGCGCGCAGCAGGCAGUGCAGCUUGCGGCUCCUGUCUCCAAUGCAGGAUCAGCCGAGGUUGGUCUCCCGAAUCCUUUCGCUCUUGAUGCAAUGACACAUCUGGCUACGUGCUUGCAGACGCUUGCCGAAGUCGUAGAGGAGCUCGGCUGGCCGUCAGGGCUUCACGCCCCCUCCUUGUCCACACAGGGGACGCGAAGUGCCCCUUCUCCAUCACUUUUAUGGAGCGAGGCGCUGAAAGUCUUCCAACAGGUCGCAGAUGGGCAGUACACUAUCUUGCAAGAUCAAAGGACCGAUGCAGCUGCAUCAGAUGAGGAGGCACCUUCGGCUGCGACACCCUCGACAGGCAUAGAGGAGGAUGAAGAAGAUCUGCGAGAGUCGACCGGAGAAGAUGCCGUGUAUGGCUACACGUCCUCGUUAGUCACUCCUGCAUCGCUUAUGGAGACGUUUUUAUCGAUGAUGGCAUGCUACACCUCGUUGAUAGAUGCCUCUGCGACCUUGGACGGUGUUCAGAUGCUCAACUCUGCAGCCCAGCAGAUCUACUCAAAAGCAGAAGCGUUGGCUUCCGAGUUCCAAUUAACAGGUGCUUUGCCGGCCACAACCAACGACGCUGCUCAAGCAUCUUCAGAAGAAGCAGCGAUCUGGGGUGAGAUGCAAAGAUCUUCCCUGACAUUACGAGUGGCAGUUGUUUGCAAAGCAAUCGUGCUGGCUUCAGACGUAGCACACAUCAGUGCGGAAGUGGAAGCGCUCAUGCAAACGGUCAACGACUGGGCAGCUCGACUGAUCGCUACGCCGACUUCCGCUGAGAUAGUAUCAGGUCGCAGAGACGCCAAAGUUGCCGAGCUUUGCGAUGUCGGCGAGGCAGGUCAAAACAUAUGCAGAGCUUCGCUGCGGUUGAAGCCCACGGGAGGAGGGGCCGCAGCAGUUUGGUCGCUUGCCACAUCGAGCACCAAGCUCUUUUCUCAAGCAUUGGCUGCCCUCGACACUUCCGCGGCAGGCGGAGGCUCAGCAGCGGUGCUUGGCCAAGCCAACACUUCGACGCCGACGUCCCGAGCGCGCUGUCGCAUCUUGCUUGCGCUAGCCAGCAUGUCCAUCUUCCGCUCUCAUCCUGCUUUCGAAGCGGCUGGUAUCGCGGGCGCCAGAGGAACGCGAACCAAACUCUUAGACAAUGCUCGUCUAUAUGCGCGCAAGGCUGUGACCGAGAUCGGGCUUGGAUGGUUGCUGCGAAUAGCUCCUGCUCAAGCACCUAAAUCAGUGAUCAUCCCACCCUCUGGAGGAUGGGAAAGCCUCUCGCUCGAAUCGGAGGCCACGCUGCAUCUACUUCGCGCCCUGCUAGUUCGGAACAACGUUUUGGGCGCAGCAGACAGAAAAGCGGUCAACGAAAGCCAAGUGGAGCUGGACAGCCUGGUGCUGCACAUUCGACAUCUGCGAAAGAGACCUGUACAAGUCGGUUCCUCCAAUGAUGCUGCUUCGAUCGAACUGGCGCAUUGGCUUUACACGCAAAGCGUCAAAUCAUUCGUCGACGACAUUGUUGAUGACAAUGGACGCGACAUUGUCGAAAGCGAGAUCGCGUGUUGGGACACCCUUCUUUCCGAUCACUCUCCUUGUUGA